GACACGAGUUGAGCUCUCCCGCGAUUCCCCAGCGCCACGGAAUAGCGCUACACGGCACACGGCACACGCUACCGGCACACGCGCACAGGCCUGACUCCGGGAGCCAUGCACACCAUCCACGGACUCUGCAGGAUCUGCAUCCAGCGCAAGCUGCCGCAGGUGACCAUCAUCAGAGGGAAGGACGGCUAUGGCUUCACCAUUUGCUCUGACUCACCUGUGAGAGUGCAGGCCGUCGAUCCAGGUGGGCCGGCGGAUCGGGCGGGGCUGCAGCAGUUAGAUACCGUCCUGCAGCUGAACGGGGAGCCUGUGGAGCAGUGGAAGUGUGUGGACCUCGCCCACGCCAUCAGAAACUGCCACAGUGAGAUCACAGUGGUCGUCUGGCGGACGGUGCCAGUGGUGAAGCCUGGUUUUGAGGGCUUGAUCCACAGACCGUCUUACAAGCCGUCUGGCUACACUCUCCCCUCACCCCCCUGUAAGAAGCGGGAGAAGACCCCCUCGGUGCGACCCCCCCCCUCCCAGCGCAGGCACAGUCGCCGCCUGCUGGCCAAUGGCAGCAGAGACGGACUGGCGGUGUCUGGCGGGGAGCAGCAGGAUGAAGGGGAGAGCAAGGCCAGGACGCACACGCUCAGGGGCACGCGUGUGACAUCAUCAUCCGGGGACAACUACAUCAUCCUCGCCCCCAUCAACCCGGGCAGCCAGAUCCUGCGGCCUGUUUAUCAGGACAACCAUGGCACACUUGGGAGGCUGUACCACACCAGUCCGGGCAGCGGGGUCCAGCAGAGCGGCUCCCCGCAGCAAGCCGCCACCCUGCAAGGCAGAGCCACCUUCCUGCGACGCUCCACCAACAGCAAAACCUCCAAAGUGCCGCCCCCUGCUGGCUGCCAACAAAACUUUGCCAAUUACCAGAACUGCACUGUGGUCAGGUCCCACCUUCCCCACUCCACCUACGGCACCUACGUGAAGCUGGCGCCCAAAAUCCUCAUCUUCCCCAUAUACGUACAGCCACUGGACCUGUGCAGCCCGGUGAGGACUCUGAUGCUGUCAGAGGAGAUGAUCCUGCACGAGAGCAAAUACCUGUUCAUCAAGGUGACAGUGUUCAUCUACACAGACCUGAUGCUGCUGACGCGAGAGGAUGAGCCGGGCCGCUGCAACGUGCUGCAGAACCCGCUGUUCCUGCACCGGCUGCGCCUGCAGGAUGAUCCUACAGAGGAGCAGAAGUUUUACAUCAUCCACAUGACAGAGCAGGCCAGUGAAUGUGUGUUGAGUUUGGAGGCGUACUCUGUGGAGCAGAGGCAGAGGGUGUGCCAGUGUCUGAGGGAUAACAUUGAGAAGAGGCUGCAGCAGCAGCGAGAGACGGCCGCCCCCACCGAACAGAUGCUCGAACCCAAGUCUCACAGACUGUGCGAGCCGGGACACCAGGGGCCAGAGCGGGAGGAGGAGGAGCCAUCUCCGAGCAGCCCCUCCGAGGCCCCCGUCACAGCGCCCCCCCCUGCGGGAGACCUGACCCCCCUGGAGGAAGCACGUCCCCUGGUGGCCAGUGAAGAGAAGGCCCCCCCCACACCCCCACCAUCCACUGAGGGGGAGGAGUGCCAGAGCGUUGGGGAGGAGAGCCGGAGCGUGGGGGGGGGGAGCCGGAGCGUGGGGGGGGAGAGGGACGGGGAGGAGGGCAAGGGGAGGCAGGUGGGGGAGGAGGACAGCGUUUCGGAGGCGGCCGGCAGAGCAGCCCUCCCCUCCUCCUCCUCCUCUUCCUUCAUCAUCCCGGAGCUGCGUCUGGACCGCUCCUUCAGCACCGACGCCGUGUCCUCUCCGGCCACCGACGAGGAGAAUGAGGACGAGGAGGAUGACCGCGAUGAGGAGGAGGAGGAGGAGGAGGAAGAGGACGACAGCGAUGAUAACUGCCUGGAGCGUGGGCUGGUGGAGGCCCCGCCCUGCGAGAAGCACGGGGGAGGGCUGAGCGUGCAGAACUCGCUGCGCCGCCGCACCCACAGCGAGGGCAGUCUGCUGCAGGAGCCACGCCCGCCCUGCUUCACCUCCGACAACGCCCUCAACUGCCUGGAGUCCAACACACCCCACAAGGGUGGCUGGACACUGCCGUCCCCCAAAACCCUGAAGAAGGAGCUGACCAAGAACGGGGGCUCCAUGCACCACAUCUGCAUGCUGUUCUCCGGCAGGAAGCUCAGCGGUGGAUCGGAGUGCAGCUGCGAGGUCGGACCCGACGGCACCAAGAGGAAGAAACCCAAAAGCCUGGCCAAAGACAUGAAAAACCGCCUGACCUUCCUGCGGAGGAAGAACGAGACUCCAGGAGGUGCCCCAGGUGGGAAGCUGGACAAAGGCAUCAAGUGUGUCAGGCCGAGCCCAGAGGAGGCGCUGAAGUGGGGAGAGUCCCUGGACAAGCUGCUGGUCCACAAAUAUGGUCUGGCCGCCUUCAGAGCGUUUCUGCGCACAGAGUUCAGUGAGGAGAACCUGGAGUUCUGGCUGGCCUGCGAGGACUACAGGAAGAUUAAAUCACAGUCCAAGAUGGCCUCCAAAGCAAAGAAGAUAUUCUCUGAGUACAUUGCCAUUCAGUCCUGUAAGGAGGUAAACCUGGACUCUCACACCAGAGAACACACCAAGGACAACCUGCAGAGCGUCACACCCUCAUGCUUCGACCUGGCCCAGCGCCGGAUAUACGGACUGAUGGAGAAGGACUCGUACCCGCGCUUCCUGCGCUCUGAACUCUACAUGGACCUGAUAAACCAGAAGAAGCCCCACUCCACAGCUGCCUCUGCCUCCUAGAGUCACAGAGAGGGCACACAGUGACUCGUCAGCUCCACCCAGCGGGGAGGGGGCGGUGACUUCACUCACUUGGUUUCGUUUCCAUUCUGUCAUCUGUGAUUGGCGGCGGAGAAAGGGAUUCUGGGACGGUUACGAGGAGCGCCCGUAUUGGGCGGGGCAGGGGGCUCUGAGAAUCUCAUCUGGGACAGACAGGAGGGGGAGAGUUGGGCCGCACUGGGGCCUCCAGAGUCACCAUGAUCACAGAGACCUGAAUCCACCCGGACGGGCUGGAGGUGGGGAGCGGGGUGUCAACCCCUCUGAAUGUGGGGACUGUCCACCGCUGCUUCUCAGCUCAGCUCUGACUUCUCUCCUCCUGGGUUCAAGCACAGAGCUUUAGGUACUACUCAGAGGUUAAGUUAUUGUUGUUAUUCCAUUUUCAUAUCACAAUUCUGCUCUUGGCUAAAAAUCAGUCAGGACCCCUCCUGGUCAUUCACUGGAGGCACCUUUUUUCCCCUGUUAUGGUUGGCUUCCUGUUCUCUUUUUGCUGCACGCAGUUCACACCCCCAAACCCGCUCCCCUGUCGUCUUCACCCCCCAUAGUGGGGCUUCUGGCGCAUUCACUAAUGAGAGACGCAGAGAGAAAAGGCUAAAUGCUGGACCCCCAAGAAGUUCUUUUCCCCUGCAUUACAAGGGACUUCAGAACGACCUCUGACCUCUCUCCAAGAACUGCAAAAUGUUGAAUGUUCUGUGAAGCCGAUCGGCAAUCAUCGUAGUUUUAGCAGGACUGGGUGAGACCAUGGUCUCAGAACAUUUACUGUAGGCACUCAGCCACGAGGCGUCUGAGCUUCACUUCUCUGUCUGUUAAAGUUUGUUUUUUUUAAUGAUUUUUUUUUUACAUUGUGUUCUGUUUAAACGCUGUUGGCUAAAACCUGCACUCCGUAGCGGUGGUACACUGUUAGGCCUCCACCCCUUGGCAUAGACUGAACAGAGAGAACCUGCUUCAUCUGGACGAAGGUUUGCCUAUUUAUUUAGAUUCCUUAUUGCUGGACGCAGGAGUCAUCGAGCUCUGCUAGCUCUCCCACCCCAGGGCCCCAUAUCAGGUCCACUGGAUAAAGCUGUCCUUAUUUUUAAGUGCAAUAUUUUUUUCUUUUUUGAUAAGAUUCAUUUUUUAGCUAGACGAUGAUUGAGCUGCGUAAUAUUUUAUUUGUAAGUGCUGUACAGACUCUGCUGGAAGGGAUAUUUUC